CCCCUUCCUUGUAUUCACUUCCAAGUCUCUGUUACACCGUCAGAAGUCAGACGUAGUAGCCAAUUCAAUGGAUCCUCACCGCCACCACCACCACCACGGACCGCCACCGCCGCCGCCGGUAGUCCAUCACCACGAGCCCCCGAAGCCGGCGGUAGUAGUUCAUGUCCACCACGGGUCCCCUUCCACCCCUAAGCCUACUUAUAAGCUUUACUGCCGGGCGGAACCUAACCACGUCCUCUCCGUCCGUGACGGCAAGGUCAUUCUCGCCCGAGCCAAUCCCUCCGAUCCUCAUCAGCACUGGUACAAGGAAGAGAAGUUCAGCACCAAAGUUAAGGAUGAAGAAGGGUUACCCAGCUUUGUUCUCGUGAAUAAAGCUACAGGACAAGCUAUCAAGCACUCUAUUGGUGCCACUCACCCGGUGCGACUCAUCCCACACAAUCCUGAUCAUCUUGAUGAAUCGAUCAUGUGGAGCGAGAGCCAUAACACUGGGGACAAUUACAAGGCAAUCAGGAUGGUCAACAACAUUCGCCUCAAUAUGGAUGCAUUCCAUGGUGACAAACACCAUGGCGGCGUCCACGAUGGGACUACAGUCGUUCUCUGGGAAUGGACAAAAGGAGACAACCAACGCUGGAAGAUUGUUCCCUACUGAUUAUCCAGUGCCAGUGGUGUCUGUCUUAUUUGCAGCUAAAUAAGGGGGGAGGCUAUGCAUAUGCCUGUUGCCUAUGCCUAUCUGUGUUGUUUGUGUACUGUGUAUUGUGUGUUGUGUAAUGUUUGUAUUGCUGCUAAUGCUUGUAUAACCUUCAUGGACUCCCAUGGUCUCUAUGUAUCUGUAGGAGGCCAUCUUAUAUAACUGAGUACUGAAAUUGCUGAUCUAAAGCCUAAAGGUGUAUGCCAGCAUUUGUUUUAUGCCAAAUGCCGAGACUGCAUAAUAAUAAAGUUUUUGUGUCCA